GCAAAAUGUCCUCAUGAACGGCAUCACCGUUAUUGUAGGUUCCAUCAUUGGAAGUGGUAUCUUCGUGUCACCAACUGGUGUCCUGAAGUAUACUGGUUCAGUUAACGCUAGUCUGCUGGUAUGGAUUGCUUCUGGAGUUUUCAGUAUGAUAGGAGCAUACUGCUACGCGGAGCUGGGCACCAUGAUCAGACUGAGUGGAGCUGACUACGCGUACAUCAUGGAGACGUUUGGACCAUUCGCUGCUUUCAUCAGGCUCUGGAUUGAGUGCAUGAUCGUCAGGCCUUGCUCACAGGCGAUCGUGGCGCUAACGUUCAGCGUGUACGUGUUGAAGCCAAUAUUCCCUGAAUGUGACCCGCCUGAGGAUGCCACCAGGUUGCUUGCUGCUUGCUGUAUAUUGCUGCUAACGUUCGUGAACUGCUGGUCAGUGCGAGCAGCCACGAGGGUGCAGGACUGGUUCACAUACGCCAAGCUGUUGGCUCUGUUCAUCAUCAUCGCUGCCGGCAUCUACCAGCUCUGUAGAGGAGAGGUGCAGCACUUCACGUUUGAGGGAACCACCAACGAUGUGACUUCUAUCGCGCUCUCCUUCUACUCUGGACUCUUCGCUUACAACGGAUGGAACUACCUGAACUUCAUAAUCGAGGAGUUGAAGGAUCCAGUGAGGAACCUGCCCCGAGCUAUCGCCAUCUCCUGCACCCUGGUCACCGUGGUCUACACAUUCACGAACGUCGCGUUCUACACUACACUCUCUCCUACUGAAGUCCUCGGAUCUGCGGCGGUUGCUGUAACGUUCGCGGAGCGUCUGUUCGGUUGGUUUGCUCUCUCCAUUCCGCUGUUCGUCGCUGCUUCUACCUUCGGAGCCGUCAAUGGUGUACUUCUUACUUCUUCAAGACUGUUUUACGCGGGUGCAGCUCAAGGACAGAUGCCGGAGAUGUUGACGAUGGUGAGCGCGCGAGCGACGCCGGCGGCCGCAGUACUCGCUGUAGCAUUGCUCAGUCUGGUCUACCUCACAGUCUCCGAUAUUUACGCACUCAUCAACUACGUCGGCUUCGCUACCUGGUUAAGUAUCGGCGCUGCAGUACUGUGCUUACCGGUGUUGAGGUACACACAACCCAAUCUCGAACGACCCAUCAAAGUGAACCUCUUCUUCCCCGUGAUCUACAUAAUCUGCACAAUCCUGGUGGUGGCGUUCCCUGCCUUCGCAUCUCCCGCGGAGACAGGCGUGGGAUGUCUGAUGAUCCUCACUGCCGUGCCGGUAUACCUACUGCUGCUGCAUCCCAGGACCAGGAUCAAGUGGCUCAGCUCCAUCACUAUGAACGCAUUCAACGAAAUCAGCUUUCGACAACAUAUCCGACCAUCGGUAAGGCCGCUCUACUUGUCUGUUUUAUCAUGAGAGUACAAGAACAACAAUUAAUAAUAAUAAUAUUAUACCUCAUUUUAAAAUUAAAAAAAAAA